AUGACGGACCUGACGGCGCCACUCAUCGAGCCUGACCUCGAGGCUGGCCAACCGAAAGAGGAAGUAAAAGUGAAACCGGACGAACCUCAAGAAUGGCACGAUGAUGUUUGGUCCUACAAUCUAUUCGGGAUUAGCGUUGAUGGGCUGCUGUGGAAGCACAGGCUCAUUCGUAUGACGAGCAGGCUGGGCUACGAGCGCAGCCUCCUGGACCGCUGCUACCUGCGUUUUUGGCUGCUGCCAGCUGUGGCUGCCUCUGUGAUUAUUGCAGAGGGCUACUCCCGUGAUUGGUCGUACAUGACUAUGGCUUGGGAGAACACGUUCUUUAUGAGCCUCAUUGGCCUGGCCAUGCUCCAGCCAGCAGCGAACUCUGUGUACGAUUGGCUGGACGAUCAAGGAUAUAGCGAGCGGCUGGGAAUUCGAUUCCGCCCCCACGUGCUCUUUCCCGACAUUUGCCUUGCGGCUGCUGCAUUUGAGCACACGCGGCGGGGAAUGUACAAUUUGCUGGAGGAAGCAAAUUGGGGCACGAAGGGCUCAGUUUCCUACGCUGAACGUGGAAUUCUGUGCUCCGAACACCUGGUGAUGUUUUGGGUGGUGGUGUUGCCGCUGAUUGCUGGUCGUCGAAUCUAUGUCCUCGGAAUGUACUCAGGGGCUCUUGCAGUCUGGCACUACUAUACUGGGCUACCUGGGCUUGGCACCUUCUGUGCAGGGGCGAUCCUGCUGGUGCCGGUGCUGAUUGUGGAGCACGGGCUCUCAAACUCGGCAUCCCUCGGCAUGGCGCCGGCCUUUGCCAUUUUGGCAUCCAACGAUGCUGCCGCGAGGGUGGCGUCCAAGAACUCGGCAUCUGCCGGUGUGCAGCUGUUCCAGAUGUUUUCCUCCACAUCGGCCUUGUUGGGGUUGAGUCGUUCAGCCGACUACUCUGCAAGCAAUGCCAAUCUGAACUGUCUCAUCAAUUUCCGCCGCACCAACGGCGUCAACGGCCAGAGCAACAUGUGGGGCGAGAUUGCUGGAACAGGUUUAGCAGGAGGUGGCACUGGAGCAGUUGGCAAGCAUGGAGACACCAGUCAAGGUGCUACUGCUGCCUCCGAAGCCUACACUCAAGAUGGCCUUCCUCGGAAGCUGCCGAAGACACCAGAACCAGACUUCGUCAGCAAGUAUCCGCCUUCGUAUUAUCACCGGGAUCCAGCGCGAUCAGACUUCACGGUGUCGUUGCGGGAAGCAACCAGCCCCUUGGAGAUCCAGCACAAGAUCAACUUCGCCUCCAUGGAGAAGGAGGGUUUCGUGCCAGUUCGAGGGCUGCAAGUGAGUUUGAAGACCAAGGAGAAGGAUGACAAGGUCUUAUUGAUUUGCAACCUUCCCACUUCAACACAGGACCAGCAUGAUGGUGUGUGCUGGGCCUUGAAACGUGGAGAGCAGACCAUUGGCCCAGUGUUCAGUACCUGGACGCAUGACCUGGCUCGAAUCGAUGGGCUGUGUAUGCCAUGGCUGGACAGUCCAGGGAAGGCCGGUCUGGAUUGCGAGUACUCGGUUCAGUGCCGCUUGAGGGGCACUGCCCAGCUUUCGCAACAGGGUGAACGUCGCCAACUAGCUGCCCUAAGGCUACCAAAUGCACAGGUGGCCAGUGCAGAGAGUUGCGAGGCCCUGGCGGUUCAGCCUGGGCGAUGGUACGAUGUUCCGGGCCUGACCCAAAUUUCUUACACCGACAACGGUGAGAAGGUGCUGGUGUUUUGCACAAUUCGCUACACUGCCCUGUGGUCUGAUGAGCUGACAAGGGGCAGGUUUAGCAUUUUCCGUGAUGGUCAGCCACUGGAUCCUGAGCACUUUGGAUUGCAAUCCGUCCGUGCCAUGCAGAAGGGCUUGAAGAACGUGGCAGUCAUGACCAUUAUGGACGACCCAGAAGAGGGUCCCCACGUCUACGAGGUUCGCGCAGCGGUGACCACCGAAGAUGGGCAAACCCGAGUGUGUCAUAUCGACCCAGCACCUCGACAGCUGGGGCUGCUGAAGCUUCCUGCCAGCGCAGUGUCAGGGCCCAACAGGAUGAGGGAGGCCGCGAUCAUCGAAGAGGACCGGUGGACAGAGGUGCCUGGCCUUUCGGUGACGGUCACCACCAAGAAAUCCCAGGAGAAGGUGCUCUUAGUUUGGAGUACGAAUUUCAAUCCAGAAGAGUUGAGCUAUGAAGCCUACUUCACAGUCAUGCGUUCAAGCAGCAGCAGUGGACCAAAGAACUUGGGAAGUGACCAGCAAGGCUUGUGGUCAGUGGCCAGCUCCGCAUCAGGCUCCAAUGAGUAUCCAGCCUCAAUGAGUCUGGAUUCACCUGGGGUUGGCUGCUUUACCUACACCGUCUAUUGCCGCACACGCAGAUGUGGCAAUCUUACAGAGCCAACCAGAGUGGAGGUGGGACCAGAUGGCCACAUUUCUGCCGCGGUCCUCAAUGCUAAAGCCGCAGAGAGUCGCAAUGUCGUUGAGAUGAUGGGAAAGGAGAUGGAUGCAGCAAGAGGCGAGCAGUAG